GAUUAUGAACUCCAGGCUGCAGCUUAUAGUUCAGGACUAGAAACUUUACUGAAUAUUCCUGUCAAGAGGAGCAUGGUCCAGUCUCCUUCAGGACUUAUUCUACAAGAGAUGAAAAGCACCAGAAUAGAACUACUGGAAGAAGAACUGAGAUUGUCCAAAGAUGCCAAUUCUGACAGCAACAACAAGCACAAGUUCCUGGAACAAAACCUGCAGAAGUAUCAGAUGGAAUGUUCUCAGCUGAAAGCUAAAUUCAUAAGUUUGGAAGAAAUGAAGAGACAAGUUGAGAUGGAUGGCUGUUCAGCCAAGCAAAACCUGGACAAGUGCUACGCACAAAUCAAAGACCUCAAUGAGAGGAUAACAAGGUUGACUUAUGAGAUUGAAGAUGAGAAAAGGAAAAGGAAGCUGUUGGAAGACAGAUAUGACCAGCAGAAGUCAGAUUUUGAGCAGUUGCAGAAGACAAGGCACAAUGAAAAAGAAACCCUGGGUUGGCAAAAGAUAGAAUCAGAGAAAAUCGUCAAAGAGAAGGAGUAUGAGAUAGAGAGGUUAAGGGUUCUUCUCCAGGACGAGGGGACACGGAAGAGGGAAUGUGAGAAUGAGCUGGCUAAGGUAAGAAACCAGUUUAAUGAGGAGAUGAGUAAUAUAAAGAACAAGUAUGAAACAGAGAUUAAUAUUAAGAAGACCACCAUUCACCAGAUAGCUGCACAGAAAGAAGACGAUGCCAAGAACCUCCGCACUCAGAUUGAUCGAUUGCAGAGAGAGAAUAGAGACCUGAAGGAUGAGAUCGUCAGGCUCAAUGAGUCCAUUUUGGACACCACGGAGCAGAGAAGAAGGGCAGAAGAAAAUGUCCUCCAGCAGAAGGCUUGUGGCUCAGAGGUGAUACAGCAGAAGCAACAGAUAGAGUUGGAACUGAAGCAGAUCAUCCAGCUGCGUAAUGAUGACAAUGCAAGAUACAAGCAGGCCCUUGAAGACGCAUCUUCGACCAUCCAUGAAAAAGUCAAAGAGCUUGAAAGGUUAAAGAUUCAACUGCAAGAAGAAGCUAAAAGCCGAUGGGAACUUGAAAAUGAGCUGGCUAAGGUAAGGAACAGUUAUGAUGAGGAAAUGAUUAGUUUAAAGAACAAGUAUGAAACCGAGAUUAAUAUUACAAAGACCACAAUCAAUCAGGUGACUGUGAAAAAAGAAGAGGAAGCCAGUAAUUACAGGGCCCAGCUGGACAAUUCCUUAAGAGAAAAUAGGAGCUUGUGUGAGGAAAUUAGGAGACUGAAGAACUCACUAAGUCAGACAACAGAGAGCCUUAGAAAAGUAGAAGAAAACGCUCACCAGCAAAAGGCGAUUGGCUCGGAGAUCUCACAAAAGAAACAGCAUCUUGAGAAAGAGUUAAAACAGACUGUUCAGAAGUUCACGGAGGAGAUUGCACAUUACAAGCAGUCCCUCGACGAAGCCGGAAGAACACUCAAGGAGAAAAAUAAAGAGAUUGAGAAAAACAGAAAAUUGUUAGAUGCGGAAAUAUGCCAAAGGAAAUCCCUGGAGGAAGAAAAUAUCCGCUUGCAAAGGAUCCAAUAUGACCUAGAGAAAGCUAACAUCAACGCAACAGAGACCAUUAGCAGAUUAAAAGCUCAAGAGCAGGAGUUGGGACGCCUAAAGAGUGAAUAUGAAAGGCUUGCGCAGGACAAGAAAGGGAAAGACCAAGAGAGCACCAGGCUGCAGAGCGCAAUGAAGGAAAUGCAGCACCAGAAACACGUGCUGGAGGAGGAACUUAACAGGCAGUCUAGAAUUGCGGCCGAGGAAACCUCCAAAAGGAAAAACGCAGAAGAGGAAUUGGAGGCGAUGAGGAGAACUUUGAGAGAGCAGGCUUGCAAAAUCACCCAUCUCACCCAGCAGAUAGAAGAGAUCUCUAUUGUAAAGAAACGGAGUGACGAUGACUUGAGGCACCAAAGGGAGGUGCUAGAUAGCCAAGUGAGAGAUAAACAGCGGUACAUGGAGGAGAUAAGGAAAUACACUUCUGAGGUUGAGGCCUUGCGCCGCCAGCUGGUCCAAGAGCAGGAGAAUUUAAAACAGGCCCAUAUUCGCAAUGAGCACUUGCAGAAGGCUAUUGAAGACAAGAGCAAAAGCCUCAACGAGUGUAAGAUAGAGAUCGAAAGACUUCAGUGUCUUACUGAGAACCUCACAAAAGAACACUUGAUGCUGGAGGAAGAGUUGCGAAACUUAAGGUUGGAGUAUGAUGAUCUAAGAAGGGGCAGAAGUGAAGUUGAUGAGGAAAAAAAUGCGACAAUUCUUGACCUAAAGAAUCAGCUACAAACCACCAACAAGCAUGUCCUGGAACUUCAGGGUGUGAUAAAUGGUUUACACAAAGAAAGGGAAAAUUUGAGACAGGAAAUUGAAAAAUUCCAAAAGCAGGCUCUGGAGACAUCCCACAGGAUUCAAGAAUCCAAAAGCCAGUGUAACCAUAUUAUGCAAGAACGAGAAACCCUGCUGGUGAAAAUAAAAUCCCUGGAACAGGACAAAGCAAGAUUGCUUAGAUUAGAGGAAGAUCUGAAUCGUACCAAGGGCAUGUUGGAAUCCGAGUCCCGCUUGAAAGUACGGCUGGAAAACGAGAAGCAGCAGAUACUGAAUGACUUAAACCAGUGGAAAAGCCAAUACUCCCGGAAGGAAGAGACCAUCAGGAAAACCGAGUGUGAGCGAGACAAGAGCGAGAGGGAGAAGAGUGCCUUGUUGAUAGAAAUCGAAAGGCUGCAGGCGGAGAUCAAAAGGAUCGAAGAAAGGUACCGAUGCCGCUUAGAAGAGACGAGCAGGAAGAGCCAGGCUGAGAUGGACACAGAGCGGUUGAAAUUGCAGAAGGAAAUUGAGAAGUUGAAAAAACGUCCCUACGGGGCACACAGAGCCACGCAGACGGAAGAAGACUUGAUGAUCGAUCCUUCUAAGUUGCUUUUCAGUGGCUUGCGGAAAAAAAUCACAGCAGUGCAGCUGCACGAGUGUCAGCUGAUAGACAAAUGCACCCUGGAUAAGUUGUUGAGAGGACAGAAGUCGGUGGAGGAAGUUGCUGCUGAUCUCGAACCUUACCUUAGAGGCGCUGGGGCCAUAGCGGGUGCUUCCCUUAACACCAAAGAGAAGUAUUCUCUGGUGGAGGCCAAACGUAAACAGCUUCUUACUCCGGAGAACACAAUCCUGCUUUUGGAGGCCCAGGCAGCCACUGGAGGGGUAAUUGAUCCCCAUCGGAACGAAUCAUUGAGUGUGGACAGUGCUGUUGCUCGAGACCUGGUUGAUUUUGAUGACAGAGAACAAAUCUACAUGGCCGAAAAGGCCAUCACUGGGUUUAAAGAUCCCUUCUCGGGAAAAACAAUGUCUGUUGCAGAAGCCAUGAAGAAAAAUUUGGUUGACAGAGAGAUUGGGAUGCGUCUACUUGAAGCCCAGCUAGCUUCAGGAGGAAUUGUUGACCCUGUCAAUAGUAUCUUCUUGCCAAAGGACAUUGCUUUAUCCCGCGGGCUGAUUGAUCGGGAUUUGUAUAGAGCUUUGAAUAAUCCAUCAAAGCCCUUAAUUGACCCUCUUAGUAAGAACGCCAUAAGUUACAUGAAGCUCCGAGAAAGAUGUAGAAUUGAACCACACACAGGUUUACUUCUCCUUCCUGUGCAAAAGAGGAGCAUGUCCUUCCAAGGAAUCAGAAAGCUGAUCACCGUUUCUGAAUUGGUUGACUCUGGCAUCAUUCGGGAAUCAACAGCAAAUGAACUGGAAACUGGAGUCAUCACUGUUGAAGAGGUGACGGAUCGAAUCAAAGAUUUCCUGCAGGGUUCCAGUUGCAUAGCUGGUAUUUAUAAUGAGGCUACUGGAGAAAAGCUUGGUGUUUAUCAGGCCAUGAAGAUAGGCUUGGUGAGACCAGGGACAGCUCUUGAGCUUCUGGAAGCUCAGGCAGCUACUGGGUUCAUUGUGGACCCCGUCAACAAUUUAAGGCUUCCUGUGGAAGAAGGUUACAAGAGAGGCCUUGUUGGAAUAGAGUUUAAAGAAAAACUUCUGUCUGCCGAAAGGGCAGUCACUGGGUACAAAGAUCCAGAAACAGGAAAUAUCAUAUCCUUGUUCCAAGCAAUGAACAAGGAACUCAUUGAGAAAGGCCACGGGGUUCGUUUGCUGGAGGCCCAGAUUGCCACUGGUGGAAUCAUUGAUCCUAAAGAAAGCCAUCGUCUGCCGGUGCACACAGCUUAUCAACGAGGCUACUUUAAUCAAGAACUCAAUGAUAUUCUGUCCGAUCCCAGUGAUGAUACCAAGGGAUUUUUUGAUCCCAACACAGAAGAGAAUUUGACCUACUUGCAGUUGAAGGGAAGAUGUAAAAUAGACGAAUUAACUGGGCUCUGUCUACUACCGCUGAGAGAGAAGAAGAAGGUGGUACAGACUUCACAGAAAAAUACACUCCGGAAACGUAGGGUUGUCAUUGUAGAUCCUGACACAAAUAAAGAAAUGUCAGUCCAGGAGGCCUACAAUAAAGGCCUCAUAGAUUAUAGUACUUACAUGGAGCUUUCAGACCAGGAAUGUGAAUGGGAAGAAAUUACUACUACCGCAUCGGACGGGAGCACGAGGGUUGUGCUCGUAGAUAGGAAAACCGGCCACCAAUACGACAUUGAGGAUUCCAUUGAUAAAGGCCUUGUUGAUAGGAAAUUUUUUGAUCAGUACCGUUCUGGGUCUUUAAGCCUCACGCAGUUUGCAGACAUGAUUGCUAGUAGAAAUGGAGGUGACGAAGUCUUCAAGCACGAAUCCGUUAUCCGGUCUCCUACUGUACUGAGUGUCAAGAGUUCUUCCAUCGUGCUAAAAAGCAGCUCUGGCUCCUUUUCGGAUUCUCCAGAAGAAGCCACUCCCAUUGCCGCCAUAUUCGACACGGAAAAUUUGGAGAAGAUCUCUAUUCCAGAAGCUGUGCAACGGGGGAUUGUUGACACCAUCACCGCCCAACGUUUGCUCGAGGCCCAGGCUUGUACAGGAGGUAUCAUAUGCCCUAUCACAGGCCAGCGUCUUUCCCUCCAGGAUGCAGUUGCCCAGGGCAUCAUUGACCAUGAGAUGGCUACACGGCUGAAGCCAGCUCAGAAAGCCUUCCUUGGCUUUGAAGGUAUUAAGGGGAGAAAGAGGAUGUCAGCGGCAGAAGCAGUGAAGGAGAAGUGGUUGCCUUAUGAGGCUGGCCAACGCUUCCUUGAGUUCCAGUUCAUCACAGGAGGUCUUGUUGACCCUGAUGUACAUGGGAGAAUAAGUACAGAGGAAGCUAUUAGGAAAGGAUUGAUUGAUGGCCGGACUUCCCAAAGGUUACAAGACAUAGGCAACUAUGGCAAGAUUUUGACCUGCCCCAAAACAAAGCUGAAGAUCUCCUACCGAGAGGCGAUGAAUCGCUCGAUGGUAGAAGACCUGACUGGGCUCAGAUUACUUGAAGCAUCUUCGGUUUCAUCCAAAGGCAUCUCCAGCCCAUAUAAUGUCUCUUCGGCACCAGGGUCACGCUCAGGGUCACGCUCAGGAUCUCGCUCAGGAUCACGCAGCGGAUCAAGGAGAGGAAGUUUCGAUGCCGGCACAAGUUCUUCAUAUUCGUAUUCCUACACAGCUGUCAGCAACAGCGGAAGCAUUGGGCGCUAGACAAUCUUCGGUGUAUCUAACUUUUGUUCUAUAUGUCUGCUUGUUUUAAAGAAAACAAAACACACAAAAAGAUCAAACACACAUACACACAUGGGCUGGUGGUAAUACUGGUACGUUAGUUGCUUGGGUGAAAUAGCUAAGCUACAGCAUAGAAAUGCAAACCCAAAUACAAGCUGCAAAAAAUGCUUUCUGGAAGGAGGGGGAUGCUACGUUUUUUUCCUUUCUUAAAAAAAAAUCCAACUUGGCUCAUGAGUGUGGUUUGUAAACUGUAAGAAAGCAACACCUGCCUCUGAAAACAGAUGUUGCAUUCUGUCUUUCUUGUUGUUUUAUUACUCGUGCAGAAUAUUAGCCUAGCAUCCGUGUUUUUAUAUCAUUGGUCAGGGUAUUUUUAAAGCCACUUUUCCUUUCGGGCAGUAAAUGUUUCACUGCACAGUGAUAAUAAGCCUCCAACUGAUGUUAGACUUUUAUUAGACUGAGCUCCCUUCUCAGUCAUUUCGGAUUUAUCUGGAGUCAACAACGCUUUCCUGUUUUCUGUGGCUUGUUUUCCAUGUAACACCAUAGAGGCCUGACUACAUGAACUUAAUCAUUCUUGCAAUAAAAGUGUAACCAUUUUUAACUCA